CUCGGUACCCUCCGCCCCCCGGUCUGGGGCUCCGGGUAAAGUUUCAGCCUCCGCACGUGACUCGCCAUGGCCGCUGCUUUCGCCCCGCGCCCCUGAGCCGCGGCCCCCCAAACCGCUCCUCUCUCUGGACCCCGCAACCCCUGACGCCGAGCGGCUCCAAGGCUCAGGGUCAGGGCAGACGGCGUGCUCGCGGGCGACCCGGACGGAUUGCUUCCCCCCACUGCGAGCAUCAUAGGACAUGGCCUCCCCAACCACCUAGCCGGGGCCCACCUAGGAGAGGGAUCCUUUCGGCGUCCUGAAGGCCAGCUCUGGACCUUCCUGGGAAAGUGCCAGCUCACAGAAGUGCUUGACCAAAGGACCGGCUCUUGGGACAUCCCCCAGCCCACCUGGCCCCCAACUGGAGUGGGGACUCCAGGAGGCCGCGAUCAGCCUGCUAGCCUUGGACCGCAGCUCCAGGACAGAAGGGGGGGGUGGGCUGACCACCCAAACCCCCUCUGGGCCCAGGCCCCAUGACCCGAGGAGAGGUGGCCUGAAGCCUGCCAGAGCCUUCAGCCAGACUGUCUGCCUGCUCUUCUGACUGGCUGCUUGGCAUGGCCAGUAACAGCAGCUCCUGCCCAACACCUGGGGGCGGGCACCUCAAUGGAUACCCGGUGCCCCCCUACGCCUUCUUCUUCCCCCCCAUGCUGGGUGGACUUUCCCCACCAGGCGCUCUGACCACUCUCCAGCACCAGCUUCCAGUUAGCGGCUAUAGCACGCCAUCCCCAGCCACCAUUGAGACCCAGAGCAGCAGUUCCGAAGAGAUAGUCCCCAGCCCCCCCUCGCCACCCCCUCUCCCCCGCAUCUACAAGCCUUGCUUUGUCUGUCAAGACAAAUCCUCAGGCUACCACUAUGGGGUCAGCGCUUGUGAGGGCUGCAAGGGCUUCUUCCGCCGCAGCAUCCAGAAGAACAUGGUGUACACGUGUCAUCGGGACAAGAACUGCAUCAUCAAUAAGGUGACCCGGAACCGCUGCCAGUACUGCCGGCUGCAGAAGUGCUUCGAAGUGGGCAUGUCCAAGGAGUCUGUGAGGAACGACCGAAACAAGAAGAAGAAGGAGGCGCCCAAGCCCGAGUGCUCCGAGAGCUACACGCUGACGCCGGAGGUGGGGGAGCUCAUCGAGAAGGUGCGCAAAGCGCAUCAGGAGACCUUCCCCGCCCUCUGCCAGCUGGGCAAAUACACUACGAACAACAGCUCAGAACAGCGUGUCUCUCUGGACAUUGACCUCUGGGACAAGUUCAGUGAACUCUCCACCAAGUGCAUCAUUAAGACUGUGGAGUUCGCCAAGCAGCUGCCCGGCUUCACCACCCUCACCAUCGCGGACCAGAUCACCCUUCUCAAGGCUGCCUGCUUGGACAUCCUGUUGCACUUGCCACAUUUCGAGUGCCCAGCGGCCACAUUGUGGCCGGUGGCUACUGUAUUGCACGGUGCAGACGUAGAACGUGUCCAGCAUUGCAGAAGGUUCUAUGGGACAGCACUCGUCUGGCUGCCCUCCAGGUGGUCCUCGGGGGUUGCUGGUGCUAGAAGCGCUGGGGGAUGUGAGUUCCUGAACUCCAGAACCCUCUGCAUCCAGAUCCUGCGGAUCUGCACGCGGUACACGCCCGAGCAGGACACCAUGACCUUCUCGGAUGGGCUGACCCUCAACCGGACCCAGAUGCACAAUGCCGGCUUCGGCCCUCUCACGGACCUGGUCUUCGCCUUCGCCAACCAGCUGCUGCCCCUGGAGAUGGAUGAUGCUGAGACUGGGCUGCUCAGUGCCAUCUGCCUCAUCUGCGGAGACCGGCAGGACCUGGAGCAGCCAGACAGGGUGGACAUGCUACAGGAGCCGCUGCUUGAGGCACUGAAGGUCUAUGUGCGGAAACGGAGGCCCAGCCGCCCACACAUGUUCCCCAAGAUGCUGAUGAAGAUCACAGAUCUGCGAAGCAUCAGUGCUAAGGGGGCUGAGCGGGUGAUCACGCUGAAGAUGGAGAUCCCGGGCUCCAUGCCACCUCUCAUCCAGGAAAUGUUGGAGAACUCAGAGGGCCUGGACACUCUGAGCGGACAAGCGGGGGGCGGGGGGCGGGAUGGGGGCGGCCUGGCUCCCCCGCCCGGCAGCUGCAGCCCCAGCCUCAGCCCCAGCUCAAACAGAAGCAGCCCGGCCACGCACUCCCCGUGACUGCCCAUGCCCCGUGGACACAGCCCUUGCCCCGUGCCCUGGCUUUUCUCUGCCUUUCUACCAACCACGCGACCCCCACCAGUCCUGCCCCCCACCUGUCCUCCCUUCCCCGGGGGACCGGAGGGAGGCGGCGGCGACUCUUCGGACAGAGGCCCGGGCCUGCGAUGGACUGCCCGCUCCUGCAGAUGUCAGGGCUGACAUCGGGGGCGAGGGCUGAGUGAGGAUGCCUGGUCCCGGGCCUCAGGAUGGGCCCCGGGGCCUCGUGUUCAUCAAGACACCCCUCUGCCCACCUCUCCACAUCUUCAUCACCAGCAAAUGCCAGGACCUGGCUCCCCCAUCCUCAGAACUCGCAAGCCAUUGCCCCCCUGUUGGGGAACCCCCCUGCCUCGGUUGGUGACAGAGGGGGUGGGCUGGGGUGGGGGAUUUCCCCUGUACAUACCCUGCCAUACCAACCCCCAGGUAUUAAUUCUUGCUGGUUUUGUUUUUAUUUUAAUUUGUUGUUUUUUUUUUUUUUUGGUUUUGAUUUUUUUAAUAAGAAUUUUCAUUUUAAGCACAUUUAUACUGAAGGAAUCUGUGCGGUAUAUUGGGGGGAGCUGGAUUCAGAGCUGGAGGGGGGGUGGGUCCUGGGGUAGGGGAGUGGCUCAGAAGGGGCUCCCCCCCUAAGUCCCUGUGCCCCCUAAGCCCUCCUCCCCAGCCUUUUCCUCUUCAGUUUUCUCUUUAAAACUGUGAAGUACUAACUUUCCAAGGCCUGCCCUCCCCUCUCUCUCUGCCUAACCACUGGGCGUGGACAGUUUCCCGGCAACCCCUGGAAGGAGGGGGCUCCCCCAAGAGUUGGGGCAGGGGCAAAGCAAGGGGGCCUCAGAACAUAAAGGUGUGUGUUUCUCAGCCUCGUGUCCUUGGCAGAGCUGCCUCCCCAUCAGAGCCCACAUCAUCGAAGCCCUCCAGUCCCCCCACCCCGAGCCCCGUGAAGGGGCUGGCCAGGGGGUCCGAGCUGCCCCUGCCCCCCAGCCUCACAGCCACCAGCACCGCCCACAGGGCCCCCAGACACACACACACACACACACACACACACACACACACACACACACACACACACACACACACACACACACACACACAGUGGACAGACGGGCCGGCAGACACUUGUGGCCUGAGUUCCUCCAUUUCCCUGGCCUGACCCACUCCACCCCCGUGCCCCCUCCUUGCCCCGCAGGACGGGCCUACAGGGGGCCCCCUCCCGUCACCCCUGCACCCCCGGGUUUGGGGAGCUGGCUCUGCCCUGCCCUCCUUGCCCCGGGGUUGGGGUCUCAUCCCCCCAGAGCCCGCUGGUGCACCUGUUACUGUUGGACUUUCCACUGAGAUCUACUGGAUAAAGAAUAAAGUUAUAU